AUGUCAAUAGAAGUAUUGCUGAAGUUAAUUGAUAGGAAUCUGGAUGCUGGCUACACAAAUGAAAGUAAAAUAGAGGAUCCAACUCCGUCAUCCCGGUCAUUUUGGAAUUGGUUGUAUAAAUCUGCUGCUACCCGGAAAAGAGAAUACGAAGAAUCACUUAAACAUGGUACACGAGUAGCCGGCAUUGUGGCUGCGAAGAAGAAUGAUCAGGGCACAAUUGGAAUUGCAUUUGGAGCAACACUUGUUGAUAUAAGGAUAGCAUCAAGUUCUGUUUUUGAAACAUUCAAUGCGAGUCUACUAACACAUCAAUCUGAUGUAAUAGAUGUAUACAGCUGUAGUUUUGCCAAUUUCCAUACUGGUACGAAAACAUAUCCGUUGACCCCAAGUCAAGAAAUUGCCUUCCAAGAAGGAACAACUAAUGGUAGAGAAGGCCGUGGUUCUGUGUAUGUUUUUGCUACUGGAAAUAGUGGUGGUAAGAGAACGAACCUUUUCCGUGAUAGCUGUGCUUAUGACAGAUUAGUAACCAAUAGAUACGUCAUUUCUGUGGCAGGUAUUCAGCACAAUCUUAAAAAACUUCCUAACGGAGAAGCUUGCAGUGCUAUGAUGGUUGCAGCCUUUACUACAAAACCAGGUGUAAAGAAAAAUCAUAAAGCUAAAGUGAUAAGAACAACAGAUAUUGGUGACACAACGACAUUGAAUUUUAACCAGAAUUCCGCAGCAGCACCUAUGGUAUCCGGUGCAGUAGCUCUUGCUCUGAGUGCAAAUCCAUUGUUAACAUAUCGGGACAUUAUGCAUUUACUGGUAAACACUGCAAGAGGUGAUCUUCUACAAAAUAAAAACAAAACGAAGUUUCUUGAAAAUGCUGCAGGAUUUUUAGUAUCAUCAUACUUUGGAUUUGGUUUACUUGAUAUUGGCGCCCUCGUCGAAAGAAGCAAAACCUGGAAACUAGUUCCUGACAGACAAAGUUGCCUUUCAACAGAAAUUGUUGACAAUCCACUGAACAAACGGUCCAAAUAUUUUGUGGUUAAGGUCAGUGGAUGCAAUGUAACUUAUGUAGAACAUGUUGAAGUAUCAUUAAUUGUCACCCAUCAACACGCAGGACAGAUACAGUGGACUCUGGUAUCUCCGCAUCGAACAAAUUCAAUAAUCCUUCCCGGCAGAAUUCUGGAUCAGACGACAACAAUGAACUUAACUGUUUUAACCGUCCAAAUGUGGGGAGAAAAUCCUGAAGGUUACUGGAAAUUAAAACCCAAACCUAUGUUUGGUAAAACUCUAAAUAAAGGUACUGUAAAAUCAGUGAAACUUUUGAUUCAUGGAUAUUGUUGUGGACAUAAAUGCAAAUUACAACCUGCACAACAAGAUAUGGAAAAUUGGACAAAAUGGUCCCGAUGGUCAGAGUGUACAGUCUCAUGUGGAAAUAAAACAAGAAGUAGAAAUUGUAACGACAACAAUAAUCAAAGAUAUUGUUCUGGCAAAAAUUUUGAGACAGUCCCAUGCAACCAAAGUGAAUGUAAAGAUAAAAAAAUACCUGAGGUCCAAUCUGGCGAAUGUCCAUUGCCAUCUCUAUUAAUAAGCAGAUGUGUAGAACAAUGUUCGGAUGACAGUGAUUGUUCUGUAAAACAAAAAUGUUGUAACAAUGGAUGUGGGCAUACAUGUGAGACGUCAUUAGCAAAAGUCCAAUCUGGCAAAUGUCCAUUGCCAUCUCUAUUAAUAAGCAGGUGUGUAGAACAAUGUUCGGAUGACAGUGAUUGUUCUGUAAAACAAAAGUGUUGUAACAAUGGAUGUGGGCACACAUGUGAGGAUUCUACAACAUAUCAAACAACACAACCAAUCAGAACUACUCCUAAGCAAGUUCAUACAACAACAACAGUCAGAACUAAGUCUAUGCAAGAUAAAACUUUACAAACAACCAGAACUACUCCUGAGCAAGCCCAAACAACACAGCCAGACAGAACCACGCCUUUGCAAGAUAUUGAUGAAUGUGCGUCUGGACCCUGUGUUAAUAGAGGUAGCUGUACCGAUGAAGAGAAUGGAUAUACCUGCACAUGUGCUCCGGGUUAUAAUGGUGUUCACUGUGAAAGAGAUAUUGAUGAAUGUGCGUCUGGACCUUGUGAUAAUGGGAGUAGCUGUACUGAUGAAGUGAAUGGAUACACUUGCAAAUGUGCUCCAGGUUAUAAUGGUGUUCACUGUGAAAGAGAUAUAAAUGAAUGUGCAUCUGGACCAUGUGCACAUGGAGGUAGCUGUACAGAUAAUGUGAAUGGAUACACAUGUUCAUGUGUCCCCGGAUAUGACGGAGUUCAUUGUGAAAUCAAAGUGACAAUCUGGAGUGAAUGGUCGCAAUGGUCAAAUAAUUGCAAAACGACUAUGACUUGUGGUGAAGGCAACCGAGUCCGUGAAAGAAAAUGUGCUGGUACUUGUAUUGGUGAUAAUAGUGAAACUAAGCGCUGUUUCAUUAGGUGUCCAGAUCACAUUUGUAUUGAUACGUUUCGAAGUUGCAGUGGAAGGAAUGUAUGCUCUAAAAAGGGCUAUGAUUUCAAUUAUACUUAUUGUCGAAAAACAUGCAAACUUUGUAAAUAAAUGAAUUUUACAAUCAAAACCAAUUUAUAAUAGUAAUGUAUCGAUCAAUAUUGAUUUAGUUAUCAGUAAAUUACAAGCAUAGUCAACAUUGUUUGUAUAUCGAAAUUGUCGAUUCCUGUAUCUUUUUAUUGUAAUUGGUCAUGUUUUCUUUUACUGUUUACGACUUUUUUUGCACCUAAUCCAUUGGAUGUUGGUAUGUACUGAUUGAUAAUUUAGUUUUAUUUGCAAUAUAGGUUUUUAUUAGUUGUAAUUAGUUUGGAAAAAGCUGUCAAAAACAACGAGAACUUUUAAAUCUGUACUUUAUAAAAUGUACUUAGUAGUUUUUGUUGUUGGAAUGUACAGUUUCCCGGCUAUGUUCACGCUGUACC